AUGCAUAGCGAUGCAAGAAUUGAUCUCAUAUCCACCGGCCCAGAGGCCAGUGACAGGCUCGCGGAGUUCAUCGCCUCUGCCAGUGCUCCUGGGGAUGCGUUUCUCCUGUAUGGCGAAGUGGGAGCCGGCAAGUCGCACUUCAGCCGCGCCUUCAUCCGCGCCGCUCUGAAGGAACCCUGCUUGGAUGUGCCGUCCCCCACCUACCUUUUACAGAAUACUUAUGAAGAUGCAACAGGUCGCCUGUACCACCACUACGACCUGUACCGCCUGACAGACCCCUCCUCCCUGGCACGGUUGGACCUGCCCUCCGCCCUCGCCGCCGGCACCUGCCUGAUCGAGUGGCCCGAGCGUCUGGGCGCCUGCGCCCCUGCCCACCCCGUCACCCUGCGCAUCGCCUGCGUGGCGGGGGCGGCCGAAGAGCGACGCCUGUUCUCGCUUUCCUUCCCGGACCGGGACGCGGCGCGCUGGGUGCAGGUCGUGCGGGCCCUGAGGGCCCUGGGCCACCGGGUCGGCCUGGAUGUCCAGGAUCAAUCCGGGGACGCCCAGGCGUGA